UUUUGAAGGUUGUAGACGGAAAUUAGGCUGCUGCUGUUACUGCUGACUUGAUACCAGCACUGGCCUGACAAGUGAUGCUCUCAAAGCGCUCAGUGCCAGCGCGCUUCUGUCCCCUCAGAGACCGAAGAAACUCAAAGAUGAGCUGCAGCGCAAGUCUCAUGUCAUCACUGGACUUGAUGACAAAACAGUGUAUUGCGUCAGGGACUCGAUCCUCUGCUCGUCUGAAAAGAAGACUUAUUAAGAAGAAGAAGAAGAAGAAGAGAAAGGUCGCUCCCACGGAGCAGCAGGAGACAGACAGCGACUGUCAAUUGUGCAGAUGUUCCGUGUUUCCUUCUUCUGGCAGUAGUCGAACCGUGCGUCGUAUUCAGACGGCCUGCAUCCUCUCCCUAAUGGCCCUGCUGGGCUCUGUAUCUAUGGACUUGAGCUCUAACUUUGAAUUGCUGAACACCACAGAAGCUGCCUACAAUGAGUUGACUUCGUGCAGGACACUCGCGAUCCUGCAGCUGGUCAGCGAGCUUCAAAAAACGAGGCGUGUAUUUGCUAAACACACAGGCAAUGACACGCAGGAAAGCAACUUUCCAGAUGUUGUGUUUUCUACAUUAGAACAUCUGUGCAGUGAGAUGUCAGGUCACAGAAACAAAUAUGGGUUCUCCUGCAGUGUUGAGAUGGCUGGAUUUUGUCCAGAGAUAAGGUGGACUGUUCAAGAAUAUCUGGACGGAAAUAGCACAAGUGAGAACAGAACUUCUGAUUUGACGCUGGUCAUUGGAAGACUUCUGGAAGUCUGGGGUUCUACAAAUGAUACCUUAGUCAAAGUCAAGCAGAGUUCCAUCUGGACAGACGUACUGUCUGCUAGACUUGUAGUAACAUUUACAGAACUUAACCAUCAACUGAUGGACUUCCCCCACAUAGAAGCUCACUCAGACUUCCAGCACAAGUGGACUUCCAUCCUGGCCUGUUUGGGCUUUGCUACCUUUCUGUCAGAACGGCUGGCCAACUGCUGGUUAGAGAACAUAGACCUUGAGGUUAACUCAAGCCAGUUUGUAAAAAAUAAUUUUGAGGCACAUUUUUGGCCAAUCUCUGGAACGGAGACGGUGACUCUAUCUGGUUCUCAGGCUGGGAUUCGAGCUCUGACCAACACUCAGCAGUGCUUGUUUGACUCUGCAGUACCGGCUUUGAGGUUGGCGUCUCGAUCCGUGUCCUCCAGCCUCAGCAUGAAGAUCUGCCUGCUGGGCAUUGCCUGCCUCAUCUACCCAGUGGUCAUGUUCUCGUUCAAGCAAAUGGCUGAAUGGAUACAGAACUAUGCCCGUACCCUGAAGGAGAAGACUGAGGACCUGAAACGCCAGAGGCAGCUGGCCGAAAACCUGCUGCACCAAAUGCUGCCAAAGUCAGUCGCCAAACAGCUGCGUCAAAAUAAACACGUUGAGGCCGAGAGCUAUGAUAAGGUGACUGUAUUCUUCUCAGACAUUGUGGGCUUCACCUCUAUAUCUGCGUCCUGUUCACCUCUACAAGUGGUGGAGAUGCUCAACAACCUCUACAUGUGUUUCGAUACGCGCAUCGACUCCUACGAUGUCUACAAGGUGGAGACGAUUGGAGAUGCAUACAUGGUGGUGAGUGGUCUCCCUGAGAGGAAUGAGGAUAGACAUGCUGAUGAAGUUGCAAAGAUGGCUCUGGAUCUGGUGGCUGCUGUCAGACAGGUCUCCAUCCCUCACAUGCCCAACCAGAGACUGCAGCUCCGAGCAGGCAUUCACACAGGUCCAUGCGUGGCAGGGAUAGUGGGCUACAAGAUGCCACGGUACUGUCUGUUUGGAGACACUGUCAACACAGCCUCCCGAAUGGAGUCCACCAGCCUGCCUCAGAAAAUCCACAUCAGCUCAGAAACCUACUUGGCUCUGAUCAAAGACAACGCCUACGAGCUGCAGCUUCGUGGAGAGAUCGAUGUGAAGGGUAAAGGAAAAAUGAACACCUACUGGCUGGUCAGCCAUAAAAACUACAGUGUUCAGAAUGACAGUCUGGUCUGCCACUGGAAUCCAGGCAUGGCCAGAAAGAAGAAAACAGCAGCAGGCAGCGACAUCUCUGUGGCAACUUCGUCAGUGACAGUUCAGAGUUUCGGUGACCACACCUCCAUCCCGGUCUCAUCAAUACAGAUCCAAACUCCUCCACGACCACGGACAAACUUCCUUGGAUUGAGCGUUUCGGCUCAACUGGAGCCCCAAACUGGCAGCUUCGGUACACCGGGCUCCGUGAUUGGUGGGCUGCAAGAAGAUCAGAAAUCCAGCCAAACAACAUAGAAUCAGCAGAACCAGAGGCAAAAUUCAACAUUGUGUUCUGACCAGAUGUCUGACUGAAGCAAAGAAUAAAGUCACCGCCAGUGAGAACAACAAAAAUGGGCCAAAAAGAUGUACUGCUCUAGCGCUACCUAGUUUUUAGAAAGUAAAGUAGCAUUAAGGUAGACUGUGGAAUGUUUAGUGAUAUCUGUUGUCACUAUAGUUUGUUUCAGAAGUGUAGUUGAAUAAUCUCAAUUCUCAGUGUAACAUUAUGUAGAACAAUGAUUAAAUAUUGGUCUGUGAAACUGAAUAUGAAGUAAAUGAUGACAAAAACACUUCAUUUAUGACACAUUAUCCCUGAGGUUAAAUCAUUCCAGAUGAAAACCUUUUGUGGUUCCUUGAUGUGUUUGGACCUGGUCUUGUAUUGUGUCUGUAUAGAUUGAAUUUGUGUUGUUUUAGCUUAAGGAUAUUUCAAUUGAUGUGUCAUUUGUGGUAAUUGUACAUAUAAAAUAAAUAAGACAUUUCAACAGAUUAACUAAGGUUCUUUUUAAAACUGUUUUAUUGUAUGACAAGUGUAUGUGCUGUUCUAGUGAGACAGACCACGUCUCCCUCAGGUCUCGGAGAUUUAAGGUAAACUUGCAGUUUCUCUUACAGAUAGCAAUUAUAAAAUAUGUACAAAUCAACAUCUACUACACAGUUGUCCAAAGACACAGUACAGUGGACACUCUGCAAAAGGUAUUCCUAUCAACUGGUCGAAGACCCACUCGAAUCUGCUUAAACUCUGAUUCAUUGGACACAGUGCCCCCUAGCGUUCCAAAUACCACAGACACUGCUGCUUUCAAUCCCAACUUCAUUUGCAGUCCAUCUUUUAAUUUAUCUUGUAUGAAAUGCCUGUUUCUGCGCUGUUAAGACAGUCCUUCUACCGUGUCUCUCGGUCUAACCUGUUUAUCCAACUGGUUACUUUUGCUACAUCAGGCCAUCGUGGGUUUGUCGUCAUUUGUUGCCUAUAUACAGUACAUACCAGUUUGUGUUAUGGUGCCAUUGUCGUGGUUCUAGGAUCUUUUACUGGAUGC